AUGGUGGCGUUCGCAGGUUGGAGUCUGCCAGUGCAGUACCGGGAUGGUCACACUGACUCGCACCUGCACACAUGCCAGCACUGCUUGCUCUUUGAUGUGUCUCAUAUGCUGCAGACCAAGAUAUGUGGUAGUGACCAGGUGAAGCUGAUGGAGAGUCUAGUGGUUGGAGACAUUGCAGAGCUAAGACCAAACCAGGACAAGGUCAGGGAGCUUCAGAACCAGGGCAGAGAUGUGGGCCUGGAGGUGCUAGAUAAUGCCCUGCUAGCCCUACAAGGCCCCACUGCAGCCCAGGUGCUACAGACCGGCAUGGCAGAUGACCUAAGGAAACUGCCCUUCAUGACCAAUGCUGUGACGGAGGUGUUUGGUGUGUCUGGCUGCCGUGUGACCCGCUGUGGCUACACAGGAGAGGACGGUGUGGAGAUAGUGCCAUCAGCGGGAGCAGUUCAGCUGGCAACAGCUCUUCUGGAAAACCCAGAGGUGAAGCUGGCAGGGUUGGCCGCCAGGGAUAGCCUGCACCUGGAGGCAGGCCUCUGCCUGUAUGGGAAUGACAUUGGUGAACACACUAUACCUGUGGAGGGCAGCCUCAGUUGGACACUGGGGAAGCGCCACCAAGUUGCUAUGGAUUUCCCUGGAGCCAAGGUCAUUGUUCCCCAGCUGAAGGGCAAGGUAUAAUGGAGGCGUGUGGGCUUGAUGUGUGAGGGGGCCCCGAUGCGGGCACAUAGUGCCAUCCUGAACAUGGAGGGUACCAUCAUUGGUACUGUGACUAGUGGCUGCCCCUCACCCUCUCUGAAGAAGAAUGUAGCGAUGGGUUACGUGCCCUGUGAGUACAGUCGUCCAGGGACAAAGCUGACGGUAGAGGUGCGGCGAAAGCAGCAGAUGUCUGUGGUCAGCAAGAUGCCCUUUGUGCCCACGAACUACUAUACCCCUGAAAAGGGGGAACCAAACCAAGAAGCUUUGGUUCCUGACUCAGGGUGGGGCUGUCCCCUCCAGGAAUCUACAAGGGGUUAG